GCCUAUCGGCUGUAAAGUGUUAAGUCCCUUGGCAUUACUAAUUUUUAUCCAAUGAAAAUCCGUCUUACUUUCAUUCUUCAUAAUAAACAUAAUAAACAUGGCGGCCUGCACGAAACAUGCUGAAAUUUGUAAUCGGUUUCAGUUAGAAUGCCUAACAGAGACCCAGAAUAGAAGUAUACUAUCGCUCCAACAAGGACGUGACGCGUUUCUGAGUACAAGAACUGGUAGUGGAAAAUCGCUGACGUACGAAUGUUUCCCACUUGUAUACCCCAAGACAUGCCUAUUAGUUAUUGCACCUCUUAUUAGUAUCAUGACUGAACAGUGUUCGAAAUUAAGAAAACUCGGUUUUAAAGCAACAUACAUUGGUAGAGAUUCUUUGGAGAACACUGUAAUAGAACAUGGAUGAUUCGAUUUUGUUUAUGGAAGUCCAGAGAUGUUCCUAGCCAGUAAUAAGUGGCGUGAGAUGUUGAAUUCAAUUAUCUACCAGGAAAGAUUGAAGCUGAUUGUAGUUGACGAAGCGUACAUCGUUUUACAAUGGGGUGAAGGUUCAAAUCAAGUGGAACCAUUUAGGAAAUGGUUUUCACAGAUUGGACAGUUAAGGUCACUAUGUCCUACAGUACCACGUCUUGCUCUAACAGCAACUUCAGGGCCCUCAAAUAGGAGAAAGAUAAUGAGAAUGUUGUGUUUUCGUAUAGGAUGCGAGGUUAUCUCAGAAUCCCCAGACCGACAAAACAUUAAAAUAUCCCUUCAAAUACCAAAUAAUGACAAUAUUGAGUCCACAUUCAUGUCGUUGCUGGAUGACUUAAAAACAUUAAAAGAAAGGCUUCCAAGGCACAUUAUAUUUUGUGAAACAACAUCCGCAGUUUCUAAAGUGUAUGCUGCUUUCAACAAAUUCUUCAAUAAAAAUAACGAACACUUUGAAAUGUAUCACAGCAAAAUACCUGAAGCCAAAAAAUAUGAAAUCCGGGUUGAUAUGGCUGAAGAUGGCCGUAUUCGAAUACUAAUCUUCACCAAUUCUGCAGGAAUGGAUGUUAACUUCCAUGGGGCAAAAAACAUCAUACAUUAUGGAUCGCCUAGGUAAAUUGACACAUUUGUUCAACAGAUGGGACGUGGAGGACGGGACGGAUCAUUAGCCAAUGAAUUCAUUCUUUACAAGGCACAUACAGGACACUUGAAACAUUUCAAAUUGUGUAAAGAUAAUGCAGAAUGUAGACGCAAGUUAUUAUGUGAGGAAUAUGUUCAUAACUCCGUUUCACAACUGUUGUGAUGUUUGUGAGCAAAAUUGUGAGUGCAGUCAUGCAGAAUGCCCAAGAACACACCCUGCAUUCAACAAACAUUACGAAGAUGCUAAUUCAGAAUAGGAGAUGAAAAAGUAUACCAAUGAAGGUGAGAAAUCAUCGUUGCAUCAUAAACUCAAUCUGCUAAAAUAUGAGCUCUCUGAUUUUCAUUCAACACCGAUGAUAACAGCAGAUGUCAUUUGUGGAUUAACAGGUGAUGUGAUUGACAACAUUGUGAAAAAUUGUGACUUAGUAUUUAGUCCCGAUGAUGUCAUGAGAAAAUUUCCAAUAUGAAACAAGACAUUGCAAUUUAAAUAUGUUCACCUGUAUCAGAUGUGUUUGGGGAUACAGAUAUGUAUACAACUGAGCUAAGUGGGGAUGAAUUUUAACAUGGUGCAAACAUGGAAAAGUGCACUAAUUACAUUUACUUCUAUUUUCUGAACUUGUUACACGAAUUGUACUUGCUGAUUAUUUGAUUUUCUAAAGUGCAUUUGAAAUAAACUACAUCACAAUCA